GCUUUGUCCACCAGCUCCCUGACUUUCCACAUGUUCAGCAUCUCCGCACGGACCUGCGGGCUCCCCACCUCGAUACUGCGCCGCCCCCGUUUCACGACACCCCGCAACCCAGAGGUGGAAUCCGCACAGCAGUAACCUCAGCGCUGGGAAGCUGAACCCUGGGUCAGACUCCUCUCUAAGCCGGGCAGGUCACACCUCAGCUGCAGUUGUUCUCGGGUUCAUCAUGGUCCUGGGCAUUCUGGGUAACUUUCUGUUGCUCCUGGUGUUCUCUCGCUUCCCCGGGCUGCGGACACCGGCCAACCUGCUCCUGAUCAACAUCAGCGUCAGCGACAUGCUGGUCUGCAUCUUCGGGACUCCUCUCAGCUUCGCGGCCAGCGUGCGCAGCAGGUGGCUGACCGGGUCCGAUGGGUGCCGGUGGUACGGCUUCUGCAACGCGCUGUUCGGAAUUGUGUCUCUGGUGUCGCUCUCUCUGCUGUCUUUUGAGCGCUACACCAUGCUGCUCAGCGGCUCCCAGAUGAACUCCUCACAGUAUCGCAGGGCCAGAGUGUCUGUAGCCAUUUCCUGGUUCUACUCACUGCUGUGGACUCUGCCACCGCUGCUGGGCUGGAGCAGCUAUGGGCCAGAGGGUCCUGGCACCAUCUGCUCAGUCCAGUGGCAGCAGCGCUCGGUCACUGCUCGCUCCUACAUCAUCUGUUUGUUCAUUUUCUGCCUCAUCCUGCCGCUGCUGCUCAUGUUCUUCUGUUACGGCAGGAUCCUGCUGGCUGUCCGAACUCUGACUAGAGAGGUGGCCAGUGUCGACCAGACGCAGACCGAAGCUCGAAUCCUCCUGAUGGUGGUCACCAUGGUGACAGGCUAUCUGCUGUGCUGGAUACCGUACGGUGUUGUGGCAAUGCUUGCCUCCUUUGGACGGCCAGGAGUGGUGCCGCCUGCUGCCACUUUAAUUCCCUCCCUGCUGGCAAAGACCAGCACUGUUCUCAAUCCAGUCAUUUGUGUGCUGCUCAACAACCAGUUCUCCAGAUGUUUCUUCCACAUGAUCAGCUGCCGUUCAGAAGAUUCAACCAAUUCAGUUAAUAUAUCGAGCAGUGGGGGCAUCUGGCAGCAGAAUCUGCCAAGAGAAGAGCAAAACACAGCCUGCCAUUCUCACAUUCAGAGACCAUCAAGUCCAGCAACCUGAGCGGGUUGAAAUGGUUGACAGUAAAACACGAGAGCACAAAUUUUCUAGUCAGUAUUGGGCUUUCUGCCAAUCCAUUUUAUUUUUUGCCUAACCUGGGAAUCAUC